AUGUCAAGUUUCCAGAGAGAAAAUGACGCUGCUAAAUCUCUGUUCAGGAGGCUCGAGUCUGCAGUUACUCCCAUCGUGUCCGGAGAGUACAGUCACCACCGGGACAGAGCGGCGAUGGCAUCCCGGGUCUCCUUCACCCAAGUCCGCCUGGAAGCGGAGCUGGAGCGCUACCGGGCCGAGUGCCAGUGGGACAAGAUACCGAUGAUGAUCGAACAGAUGAAGCUUGCGCGGAUCCACGAGGACGAUGACUAUGGGAUGCUGCUGCUGGCUGAGGCGCUGCUGGAGGAGUGCUUGCAAGAAAACAUGGACCUGUUACGAAGCUCCACACCUUUGAUGGACAAGACCCAGCCCAGGCUGUCCCGGGCGAAAGGCCACCUCAAUGCCAUCCUCAGCCGAGGCCGUCUCACACCCAGGUAUUUGAACGAGGCUCUGCUGCUGAUGGCCAAAGUGCACUAUGUGCAGGGUCGCUACCGGGACGCCCAGGGAAUGUGUGCCAGGGUGGGACUGGAGGAGCUGACACGGGAUGAGCAGCCGACCUACCACCUCCGCCUGCUGGCUGAAGCUUUUGUCAUCAAAGGUCUGUCUCUGGACCACCAGACCGUCUCUGCAGUGUCUCGUGUCCGUCUGUCAGAGAGGGAGGAGGAGAGUCUGUCCUGUUACCUAAAGGCCUGUGAUGCUUCUCUGUCCUACCUGCAGGAGCUUGAUAAGGUGGUAACAACACCCAGCACCAAGACAGCCAAAGCCGGUCUGUUUCCUCCACCUGUGGAGAUCGAACUGGGCUACUUCAUACAGGCUUCCUUACAGAGUGCUUACCUUUGUCUGCUGCAGAGAGGUCAUCUUGCGCAGGGUGCUCACCAACUGCGUAGGGUGCUCAGGGUGGUGGAGUCACGAGGGUCUCAGAGCUUCAGGAAGUCUGCAGCAAGGAAGCUAGCAGAGGUGCUGCUGAGCUCCAUGAGUGAGGACAGCUACUGGCCCCCGUUGGGCCCCCCACCCUCAGCCUGGCUCCACAGAGAGGGAGCUGCUGCCUCCAAAGACGCCAUCUACCCCACUGUUAAACCUCCACAACGUUACGGCACUGACUGUUGCUUCUGUCCUCAGGACGUGGUGGAGGAGGCUGUGUUGCUGCUGCUCAUCACAGAGUCCAUGGCCAGCGGAGAGGCGGUGAUCAGUCGUCUGCCAGACCAGGCCGAAGCUCGUCAGGCCAGCCUGCAGGAUGCCACCUCUGUCUAUGACCUGCUCACCAUCGGCAUGGCCAGGAGGGGGCAGUAUGGCAUGCUUUCCGAGUGUCUGGAACGAGCCAUGAAGUUUUCAUUUAACGAGUUCCACCUCUGGCACCAGCUGGGCCUGUCACUCAUGGCGGCUGGGAAGGGGGUUGGUGCUGUGUCUGUAUUUAAAGAGUGUGCCAGGAUGAGACCGGAGGAUCCCUCAUUGCCCCUAUUGGCUGCGAAAGUCUGCAUUGGUCAACUGCAAUGGUUCGAGGAGGCUGAGGCUCUGUCGCAGAGUGUGGCAUCUAUGGGGGAAGAAGCUGGAGAAUUUCUACCUCGGGCCUACCUGUCACUGGGUCUCUGCUGCAGUUUACAGGCCUCUGAUGCGCCUCUGAAAGCUGAUCGUGAUGAAUUCAACAAAAAGGCACUACAUGCUUUGAGCAAGGCUCAUUCAUUAGACCCCCAGGAUGCUCAGAUUGCUAUGUACCUGGCUCUCCAGCUGGCCCUUGUACGCCAGGUAUCCGCAGCCAUAGAGCCCCUGCAGGAGGCUUUAUCUCUCCGUGGAGACGACUUGCACUCCCUCCACCUGCUGACUCUGCUGCUGAGCGCCCAGAAACACCACCGUCAUGCCCUGGACACCCUGAACCUGGCCCUCAGCCAGCACCCCAGCAACUUCAAUCUGCUGUUCACAAAGGUGAAGCUUGAAGAGGCCCUCUUUGGCCCGGCUGCUGCCCUGCAGACCUGUGAAGAGAUGCUGCAACACUGGCAGAGCCGCUAUGAUGUCAGCCGCUCCAGUGAGACAGAUGACAGCAGCAGUAUACCGAUGGCUGAGAGGGCAGAGGUCAGCCCUACAGCCAGGAAACCCUCCAUCCACCUCACCCUGCCUGACUUCCAAGACGCCUCCACUGGUUCGCUGAGCCCUUCAUCAGUUGCAGUAUCUCGUCUGGAAGCAGCACUCUCUGAGGUGUCGGACCUAAGCUCAACCCGUCGCCAAGGGCCCACCUAUAUCUGGACCACCCUGGAACGCAUUUGGCUGCAGGCUGGGGAGUUGUUCAUGGCGGACGGUCGGCUAAAGGAAGCCCAGUUCUGCAUAUCCGAGGCCAGCUCACUCUUCCCCAACUCGUACUCGGUGCUGCUGCAGCGGGGCUGCCUGGCCGAGCUCCGGGGCCAACUGGACGAAGCCAAAGGCCUGUACGACGAGGCCCUGGCCAUCCAUCCCACAGGAGAGCGCAUUCUUGUGCACAUGGGGCGUCUGCUGGUGAAAACUGGGCGUGUACACCUUGGGGAGAAGGUCCUGCGUGAUGCGGUUCAGGUCCACAGCACCUCCCACGAGGCGUGGAGUGGCCUGGGCGAGGCCCUGCAGUCUCGUGGUGCCAGCCAGGCCCCCGACUGCUUCUUGACAGCCCUGGAGUUGGAGGCUUCCUGCCCCAUUCGGCCCUUCAACAUCAUCCCCAGGGAGCUUUGAGGGGCCUGGGCUGGGGUGGAGGUUUGGGUCAGGGUAAAGCUAAUAGCCUGUUGAUGUAUAAUUAUACAUUGGUGCAGAUACACUGAAAAGCAACCUCAGGCUGCAGACCAUUUUAAAUACUCUGUUACCAGUGUUUUCCUACUUUCAAGACAAGCUGACAUCAGCUUGUGAUGGAUUACUUUAGCUCCAGCUCCAGACACGCUACUGCAAACGUUAACAUUACGUAGCCUACACUGCUACAUGUAGCUGUAUGCUAACGUCAUGUUUUCUUGGUUGCUGAUGUUGUUAAUUUCUCCCAGUUGUCCAGUGAAGAUUUUAUUUUAAAAGCUUCUGGUGAUCUUUCAAGGUAGAAAGUGCCCCUAUUCUCUGUUAUAGUCAUUCCUUGGUUGCAAUGACGGUGCAGAUACCAAGAUAAGAAAGACCUGGAAACACUACCAAUCAGAGCUGACUGGGCUUUUUCAGGAGAGGAGAUGCAAGAGAUGGACGCUGAAAUGGAGCGUUUCAUGCAGAGAGUAAAUACAGGUCUAUUUAGGCAAAUAGUAUGAGGAAAAUAAACUGUAGUAGAAACCCCAAAUAGAGGUAUGAAUCUGAAAAUGAGCAUAACAAGUCCCCUUUAAGAAAUACUCAAGCACAGAAGCCUGGUAAAACCACAAGUUCUUUUGUAGUCUUUCGCCAGAGCCAAUUUCAGUGUUUCCCCGUUUCCACUCUUUAUGCUAAGCUAAGCUAAUCAACUCCUGGAUGUAGCUUCAUAUUUAGCAAUCAGAUAUGAUUGUGGUAUCAAUAUAAUCAUCUAUCUGUCAGCAAGAAAGCGAUUGGAGUGCAUCUCCCAAACUUCAAAGUAUUCCUUUAACAAGUAUUUCUUAAUUAUUGUUAAAUCUCAGUGAGUUUCAUUGUCACCCUCUUAAUUAUUAGUCUAACUGUCCAAAUACUAUAUGAGAAUUCCUAAAUUAUCAGAUGGAGAAUUGCAAAAAAAAAAUGUCCCUUAAUGUUGCAUAUUUACACACAAAACAGUGACAGUAAUAUUGGAUAUUAAUACUGUGUGUGUGAAGGAAGAGCAACAGAGGCAGAUUUCAGAGCAGUGUAAAGAUAGAAUCAUGUUUAUAAAUGUCAGUACUGUAAGGAUGUACAUCUCCUAUGGAGUUAUAAGCACAGAAGUAAUAACUCUUUUGCAAUUUGUGACAAAUGAGUAAUAUUUUAAAUAAUCAGAAUUAUCAGGCAACAGUUUAUUGGUUCAUAAAUCACAGAGAUGUGCUGGUUACAUCUUCAGAUAGAAUGUAUGUUAUGUAGAAAUGCAGAUACAUAGAUUAUGUGUAGGCUGUCAGUUACAACAGCAGCUCCACUUCAUCUUUAUUUUAGCCCUUGAUGUAUUUUUGAUGAUCAUGUUGAUUGACGCAGCUUUCAUGUACACACACCCUCUCAUCUUCAAAUGAGAGCUCAUACAUUUUCUAGCAAGGACAAUCACAUAUCAUUCAAUAUGUCUUCAUUAUUUAUGUGUGUGCCUGUGUGUUUUCAUGCAGUAUGUCUUCUUAUUGUGUAACUUCAUGUAUGUGUGUUUGUUUUAAACCGUCCCUCUGGGGUGUUAUCAGUCCCUA